CGGGACACCAGUCCCCUCCCUCCCGCCCUGCCUCCCUCCUUCCCGCACCCCGCGGGCGGCAGCAGGAGCUCAGGGCGCCCCGGCCGCCCCCCUUCCCCUCUCCGCCACCGGCGGCCCCAGCUCCCGGCCGCCCCGCCGAAGUUCCCCGCGGUGGCCGGGCCGGGGCGGCGGGAGCGGGUCUCCCUCCCCAGCACUGCCGGGGGAACGGCCCGCCGUUCUCCCCGCCCGGCUCCGGGUCCCGCCGGCAGCCGCCGCCCUCCGGGCCGGGACAGCCGUCUCCCGCGGGACCGCACAAAGCCGGAGCCGCCGCGCUGCCCGGGCGGCCGCCGAGCAGGAAUCCCUUGAAGCUCACCCUGGGAAUGGACAGCUACCUUCAUUUCUGGAGGAGAGUAGUGCCAAUUGAAGAAGCCUUCAAGGCAAGUCGACAAGUGUGCUGAUAAGUCUGGGAAGAGUGCAGGAAAGGGACGACCUUCCAGGCCAACAGCCAUGCCUUUCGGGCUGAAACUGCGACGGACCAGACGCUACAACGUCUUGAGCAAGAACUGCUUUGUGACAAGGAUCCGUCUGCUGGACAGCAAUGUGAUCGAGUGCACCCUCUCUGUGGAGAGCACGGGGCAGGAGUGCUUGGAAGCUGUCGCUCAGAGGCUGGAAUUACGUGAGACACACUACUUCGGCCUUUGGUUUCUCAGCAAGAGCCAGCAAACCCGCUGGGUUGAACUGGAAAAGCCUCUGAAGAAGCAGCUGGACAAAUUUGCCAAUGAGCCUUUGCUUUUCUUUGGGGUAAUGUUCUACGUGCCCAGUGUUUCCCGACUGCAGCAGGAGGUAACAAGAUAUCAGUAUUACCUACAAGUGAAAAAAGAUGUUCUUGAUGGACGAUUGCUUCCUUCAUUGGAGCAGGGAAUUCGACUAGCUGGUUUGGCAGUGCAAGCGGAUUUUGGAGACUAUAAUCAGUUUGAAUCUCAUGACUUCCUCAGAGAAUAUGUCUUGUUCCCUAUGGACUGGACCCAGGAUGAAGCUGUCUUGGAAGAGCUGACUCAAAAGGUUGCUCAGGAGCAUCGAACUCACAGCGGCAUUACAGCAGCAGAAGCUGAGCUAAUGUACAUCAAUGAAGUGGAACGCCUUGAUGGGUUUGGACAGGAAACUUUCCCUGUGAAGGAUAAUCAUGGAAAUGACAUACACCUCGGUAUUUUCUUCAUGGGAAUCUUCAUAAAAAACAGAAUUGGAAGGAAAACUGUGAUUUAUAGGUGGAAUGACAUUGGGAAUAUAGCACAUAACAAGUCUUCGAUUGUUCUAGAGUUGAUCAACAAAGAAGAGAAUGUGCUCUUUCACACAGAUGAUCUUGAAAAUGCCAAAUAUAUUUCGCGGCUGUUUGCAGCAAGACACAAGUUUUACAAACAGAACAAAAUCUGCACAGAGCAAUCAAGUUCUCCUCCUCCUAUCCGACGACGGCCCACGUGGAGUAGGUCAUCCUUGCCAAGACAACACCCAUUUAUACUGCCUCCUAUGCAUGUCCAGUGUGGAGAACACUACACUGAAACACAUAAUUCACAAGACAGCAUUUUCCAUGGAAAUGAAGAAACUUUCUACUGUAGGUCUCAGACCAGUUUGGACAGGUGUCCAGUGGAUUUCAGCUACUUGAAUGGUAACGGACCCAAUGGGAGCGUAUGCAGUGCCCACAGCAUGAACUCCCUCAAUCGCUCACAGAACUUCAUCCAGGCAUCUCCAAUGUCCUCAAAUCUGAGCAUCCCUGGAAGCGACAUCAUGAGAGCAGACUAUAUCCCCAGCCACAGACAUAGUGCAAUCAUAGUACCAUCUUACCGGCCAACUCCAGAUUAUGAAACUGUCAUGAGGCAAAUGAAGAGAGGGGUGAUCCAGAUGGAUAGCCAAAGUCAGUCUUUGAGGAAUCUCAAUAUAGGAAACACACAUGCUUAUAACCAGCCGGAAGACCUAGUUUACAGUCAGCCCGAGAUUCAAGAGAGACAUCCUUACACGAUUACAUACGGGCCCCAGGGUGGUGCCUAUAACAAGCCUGUUGCCCCCUCUGACCAAAUGAACCCUAAUAAUGCUGUGCAAAAUAAGACAGCAGCCAGUGCCAUAUCCCACACCGUCAGCACACCAGAACUGGCUAACAUGCAGCUGCAGAGCAGCCAGAGUUACAACACCGCACACAUGUUAAAGAACUAUCUCUUCAGACCCCCACCUCCAUACCCACGCCCACGUCCUGCCACUAGCACGCCAGACCUGGCAAGCCACCGGCACAAGUAUGUCAGUGGGAGCAGUCCUGACUUGGUCACUCGCAAAGUCCAGCUCUCAGUAAAGACCUUCCAAGAGGACAGCUCGCCGGUCGUCCGUCAGUCACUGCAGGAGGUCAGCGAGCCCCUCAUGGCAGUGAAGCAUCAUGCAGCUGUGAACAAGCGCCAUAGUUUGGAGGUCAUCAGCAAUAUGGUACGUGGUAUAGAAGCCAUGGCAUUAAAAACUUUAAAUGCCCCUCUGCCGCGCAGGAACACUUUGCGGGAGCAGGUGCAGCCAGAAGAGUCGGUUCAGAUGGGGCAUGAAGUCCAGCAGGUUCCUCAUUAUCAUCAUAAAAAAACAUUCUCUGAUGCCACCAUGUUGAUACACAGCAGUGAAAGCGAAGAGGAAGAAGAAACCCCAGAAUCUAUGUCACGAAUAACAGCCCUCCAUGAGAAUAUGGAAUAUAGUGCUCAGCUGCAAGCUGCCUUGGCUAGAAUACCAAAUAAACCUCCCCCAGAGUAUCCUGGGCCUCGUAAAAGCGUCAGCAAUGGAGCCCUGAGGCAGGACCAUGUUAGCAUUUCUGUGGCUGUAGCCAGGGCCAAGGCCAUGAGGCCAGGGCCUUCCAAAGCCAUUAGUGUCUCUCGAACUGAUCAAAUGGCAAUAAACGGGUCUUCGCUCGGGCCCUCUAUCUCAGAGCCUGACCUCACGAGUGUGAAGGAGAGGGUCAAGAAAGAACCUGUCAAGGAAAGGCCCGUGUCUGAAAUGUUUUCUAUUGAGGACAGCAUUAUAGAAAGAGAAAUCAUGAUGAGGAAUCUAGAAAAGCAGAAGAUGGCAGGCCUGGAGGCCCAGAAGAGGCCCUUGAUGUUGGCAGCACUGAACGGACUCUCAGUUGCUAGGGUUCCAGUGCCGGAGGACAGCCAGGAUGAAGUCGCCAAGGUGCCAAUGGAUGAGAGGUGCAAAAUCUUGAAGAGGAAGUUGGAAGAGGGGAUGGUGUUUACAGAAUAUGAGCAGAUUCCAAAGAAAAAGGCAGACGGGAUCUUCACCACUGCUGCCUUGCCUGAAAACACUGAGCGCAACCGCAUCAGGGAGGUUGUUCCUUAUGAAGAGAACCGAGUAGAGCUGGUGCCGACCAAAGAAAAUAACACAGGCUACAUCAACGCUUCACACAUAAAGGUUACUGUAGGUGGAGAGGAGUGGCACUACAUUGCUACCCAAGGGCCUCUGCCCCACACGUGCCAUGACUUCUGGCAGAUGGUGUGGGAACAGGGGGUGAAUGUUAUAGCCAUGGUCACAGCUGAAGAGGAGGGAGGAAGAAGUAAGAGUCAUCGUUAUUGGCCUAAACUGGGCUCUAAGCACAGCUCAGCCACUUACGGGAAGUUCAAGGUGACAACUAAGUUCCGCACGGACUCCGGCUGCUAUGCAACUACUGGUCUGAAGGUCAAACAUCUUCUCUCCGGACAAGAGAGGACAGUGUGGCACUUGCAGUAUACUGACUGGCCAGACCAUGGGUGUCCAGAAGAAGUCCAAGGCUUUUUAUCUUACUUGGAGGAGAUACAGUCGGUGCGUCGCCAUACCAACAGUGUGUUGGAUAGCAGCAACAACUGCAACCCUCCCAUCGUGGUUCACUGCAGCGCAGGGGUAGGAAGGACCGGAGUGGUUAUCCUGACAGAACUCAUGAUUGGGUGCUUGGAGCAUAACGAAAAAGUGGACGUUCCCGUGAUGCUGAGACACCUGCGGGAGCAGAGAAUGUUUAUGAUCCAGACCAUAGCCCAGUACAAGUUUGUCUAUCAAGUGCUCAUCCAGUUCCUGCAAAACUCCAGACUUAUUUAAUCUUUUGAAACAUCCCAGACACAGCUUUGUGGAUCUGACUGAACCUUACUGAUGAACAAGGGGAACUGCCUUGACAACACUGUGUGCAUAUAUUGCGCUUCUUAAAGUUGUCUUGAAAGUAAGGAAUGAUUGUUCUUUACUAGAGUCUCCCAUGGAUUAUUUUAUACAAGAUAUAAUUUAUUUUUCUUGGAAUAACUUGUGAAUUGCUUUAAUAACUUGUAAAACUUAUAGCGACCUUGAAAUUGAACCACAUUUGACGUGACUGGUCUGCAUUGUAACAUGUCCGUAAGGAAAGCAAUCCUUUGUAAAGGUAGUUUACUGGCUUUUAUUUUGCUACACAGCUUCUGAAAUGAACAGUUACUUGGCAGUGAGCUUUCUCUCACGUAAGAACAUUUUGGAUCCAGGUGUGUGGCUUCCACGGUAAAAAGAAGACCUGCUAGAUGUCAGCCGUGGCUCUGUACGAGUGGAAGCUGAGGGAGAUCUGAGCCUCUGCACGUGCAGCAGAGCACAUUACAGAGGGCUCAAACACAGGCCAUUGUGAGGGCAGAGAGUUUCGGGUGCUAAACUGUUGAAAUUCCCCAAGAAUACCAGUUUUAGAUUAGUCCUUGAAAAAAGCAAUAUUGGAUCUUUUAAAUGAGGCCUUUGCUACUGUCUGCAGUCCUUGAAGGGGUUCCUUAGAGUUGAAGCAGUGCAGGGUGAAGUGCAGUGACCCAGAGCAGGCCGAAGUCAGUGAAUGAGUCUUUCUGGUAACUGUAGUGGGCUGUGGGUUGAACAGCAGAAUUUCAACUAAAUGCAGCUGAAAAAAACCUCAGAUCAAGCACCUUCUCAUGAAUUACCCUGAAAGUUCAUUGCCUUGAGGCUCACCUCCUGUAGAAAGGGAACCUCAUUUAAGUUAGGCAUCUCCAGUUGCCUUUGUUUCCCCUGUGAAAUACUGUCUUCAUCACCGUUACCGUUGUACUUUCUAGUUAUUUGAACUUUGUCAAAAUGAUCAACGUGGUCUUUCUUCCACAUCUGAGUUCUCCAGAUAGUGACCCUUGAGAGCUUUAGCUCAGAGUCUGCCUUGAUUCUUCCCCCAUCGCUGCCUCGUGGUUUAUGAACGCAUGGAGCCGUCUGCCUUUCAGUAUUGGCAAACCUCGCUUUGUUAGGGUCUUUUUUUGCACUAAAUUCCACGGAUCGUCUCUCUUCUCUGUCUGGUCACUUUGCAUUCUCCCUCCUAUUUAUUAUUACUAUUUCAUGCUGGUAGUGUUCAGGUAUUCCAGUUAGGAUGAGGAGGAUGUUGUUUAAAUCCAUAAAGGAGAAGCAAUCCUUGCCUGAAGUUUACAAUCGGAACAGAAAAGGGAAGCAAACCUCCACCGCUGCAUAACUAGGGCACAGAUUCUUAACUGGCUCGCCCUAGGCCAACCAUGAAAUCUAUGACAGAGCUAAGAAGAAAUCCACAUGUCCUGGAAGUAUCUCAGCAGUUAGACCCGUCCUCCUCUCUCUUCCUCAUCCUCUGUCCCUCGGCAUUGCCUCGCUGUUUUGCGCAACUUAGUGCGUAUUCCUUUCUCCCAGCUGUUUAUUUCACUGGAGUAAAUCACAUCAUGGAUUACGUUGCAGUGUGUGCAUGGUAGCAUUUACUUACAGUUAUUUAAAAAUGAGAGUAACCGCACUUUUAAAAAAUAUAAAAAGAAAAAAAAAAAAAGCUUUAGCAAGUUGUGGCGGGAGUCCCACAGUUAUUUGUGCUGUAAGAGACGGGAAGUUAAAUUCCUGCACUGAGGCUGCUCCCCUCCUCACACCGACUCCUCUUGCCCUCGGGCGGGCGGCCCAGCCCUGCUUCGACUCGGUGGUCCUAUUGGAUCGCUAGGGAAUGGAUCAGGCUGGAGAAGAGCCUUGGAGGGCCCGGGCCCUCUGUCUCUAUCCCCUUUACAGUUGGAUAGGCUUGCACAGGGUCACGUCCAGUUUCAACAAUCUCCAAGGGUGGAGAUUUCACAGCCUCGUGGGGCGCCUGAUGCAGCACAGUUACUCUUGUCACGGUAAAGUUAUCUUUCUUGGUAUCCCUUUCCCAGAUAAAUUUCAUCUUUUAGUCCCAUCGCUUUUCCAUUGCAUUCCCACCUCUGAACCCCGUGUCAAUGUCUGAAGGCCUAAGCCUACAAGCACUCCCAAAUUCAGCACUAAAGGGUCCUACACACCUACCUUUCCCUAAAAUCAGUGGGAGCUUAAUCUAAGGCUCUGUAACAGAAUGUUUCUUAAAUGUAUUUAAAACAGCGCUGUCAUUAUUUGGCACUCUGCAGUACAGGCCUAACGAGGUGACAAGGAUUCUGGUGGAGACUUCUAGCUACCAAGAAGUGGUGAGGAGUUAUUUAGUUGUAAUAUCUCCACCAUUUUCCUUUUAGGGAUCAGUUCAGUCAACUUCAGUUUUCCUCUAAUUUCUUCUGCCAACGCCAACAUAUCUCUUGUUAAAUUAGCAGCAACCAUUUAAAGUCUUUUCAGCGGCAUCUGCAUGAUAAUUACACAGAGAUGCUUUAUAUCUGGGAAACAAGCCAAGGAAUAAACCUUGAAGCAAAGUGUAUUAAAUUAGUUAUCUCGUUAUAGCUUUUUGAAUAAUUUCCUAAUGAUGAAUUAAGUUUGAACUCAGAGCUGUCAAGUCCCAUUGCUCCACUUGGAUGUGAGAAGUAGAAAAUCAGGAGGGAAAAGAAACUGUUCCUCUGUCUUACUAUUGAGCUCUUCUUGGCCGAAGCGUGUCCUUCUCUUCCUACAGUCGGCACAGGGAAGUUAUUGCGUACGAGAAUGUAAAGAGCUGUGUUUGAAAGGAAGAAAAUUAAGCAAAUGUUUUCUUAUGCAAAGAUGCAUCAUAGGUGUCUCAGAAAAAUAUUAAUUACAAAAUGGCACCAAAACUCCUUUCCAAAUUAAGUCAGUGCCUAUUAAUGAGCCAAAUAAGUGGCCACAUAGUAAACAAUCAUUUCCAAUUAACUCCUAACGUGGCUGGUACGGUAGACAGAAGCCAAAGUGACUAACUUUUUCCCUUUCAUUGUCAAAGAAUGGUAAUUUUAAACUUUUCCUUUCAUCUGACUUCAAUGUAUUUUUUCUUGCUAGAUUUUAUCUUGAUGAGAUCUGCUAAUAUCAUACGUGAAUUGGGCUGGUGCGUGUCUUCAGAGGCUCCUUUCCACCCCAGCUUGCAACCAAACCUCAGCGUGCCGAUGUUUUAUGAUUGAAAUGUGAUAGUUUUGUAGGGGAAAAAUUGAACCUUCUGACUUUGAACCUGUUGUCGUUUUAUCAGGCCUGAAUUGCUGGGGCAGUAUUUCCUAACCUUUAGGGAGUGACAGGAAAAUGCGUUUUGCAUCCAAUUUCAUUAGUCAUAGCAGGAACGAACGCGUGAGACUUAAAGCAACAGUCCCGUUUCGCUUCUGUCCUGCAGGCUGUAACGGCAGAGUCCCUUCGUAGCAAAGGAGGACAGUUUGGGGUUGCUCUCUGUUGUGUUGCGUGUUUUCUAACAUCAAAGCAUGACAGCGAGUAGGUUCUAAGAGACCGGUUUCAUCCACUUGGAGUAACGCUUGUAUUGAAAAUCUUGCAAAGAUGCAUCGUGGGUCAAUGAAUGGAGCUGCACCUUGAAGUCUGACACAAGCCGUUGUCUUCCAAGGCGCCCACGUUGAUGUCUGGCACGUUUAGCUUACGCUCCCUGACUCUGUCUAAAGAGAGAACUUGGAGCAGACGAGUAAGUCUGACUUGGGAAUCCAUUGUGUGUGUGUUCCUUCUUGUGCAUUUUUCAUCUAUAUUUAAUACCCCUUUUUUUUCUUUUUCUUUCUUUCUUUAAACUCUUACCAAUGAUAGUAUUGAGGUUUCUGGCAUCAAAUUUUUGGUUAAAGUUACGGUCUGAGCAUUUCAUGCCUAACAUUGUCCGAUCGGGGAUGGGAGAGAUGACGGCCGAGUUCUGACGCUGCUCAGUGCUGUGGGCGUCCUGUUUCCGUCCUCCACAGGCUGCUCUGGAGGAUGGUGGGCAUUAGCUGCUCAGGCCCUACUUGUCCCAGCUCCUCCACUGGCCUGCUGUGCCAUCUCUUGUCCUUGAUUACCUGAGUAAAGAUGAAGCUUGUUCCCACAAACUUCAUCGUAUGUAGGUAUAUAGGGACCCUAAAUGCUCAGCCUUACUGGAAAUACCUUUCCCCUAAACGUAGUUUCAGCUGGCAGGAGACACAUCUGUGAGAACUUACUCAACCUGCUGCUGAAAUGCGGUCCUUUUAUAAAAAGUAUAUUGAAGGACAUUUCUGGUCCGUUUUAUUUAGAUCAGGUGCCUCAGCUACAAAUAUUUUUAAAUAUUUGCAUUAUUUUAAGAGCUUUUUUUAAAAAAAUCACUUUCUUGUAAACAGACAAAUGCAAAUGGCAAAACAUAGAUUGGAAAGGCAUGAGUUAAGUCUCAGUGCUUCAAUAGAGAUGGUCAUUUUAAGCUGAUACAUUAUGUUGUGUUUUUUUUUUUUUAACCAAUACCUGCUAUGUCUGUGUAGCCCACGAAUGACCCUAAAAUAAAUACUGAUGGGCAAUCCCGUACUUGGAUGUACCACGCAAAUCUAUGGGGAAAAUUCGGCAGCUACUGACUGCUGCGUGCUCAACAGCUGAUGUCCCCCACCGGUCUCCUGGGAGGGGAUGACGCCUGAAUUAGCUGCUGUCAGUCUCGCUAACGGUUUGUGAACCGCGAGCUCGGAAAGUGGGAAGCAUCAGUAUGGCUGGUAUCUGCUGUAGCAGCUCUCAUGCACCACUCAGAGAGGUCAGAGUUAAAUUUUGCUCCUUGUCUUUAUGGAAAAGGAUGCUUUACAUCCAGAGAGCAAGGGUGGCAUCCGCUGCAGGAAAUAAAGGAUGCAUCACCUUGAAAGAGCAAAUACCCGGAACUGGCCUUGAAGGGGAAGCGCUGCACGAAAACGUCAUUUGGCCACCCCUCUAUGAAAACAGAUCUAAAUCUGCUGAUGGAUAGUCCGAGGGAGUUUGGAGAUGGGUUUUGAUGCCAACAACAGGAAGGUUGUAAGUCCAAAACCCCAAAGGCAACUGUUCCCCAGCUCGUUCUUAGCCUCCUAGAGAGGUUUUCUUGUAGAAUCUGGUGCUGUGGGAACUACAGAUGCCAUCCCAGUCUUUAGAGAGGAGGACAUUACCGAUGCAGCUGCGCCCAGCCUUGGCGUGCAGGGAUUGUGGUCUGAGGAAGGGAACAGCUGCCUGCUUGGGCUGUUGGGCGAACAACAGAAGAUGGAGCUCUUCACCAUAGAUAAGCUACUGUCCCAUUGUGAAGCAAGACAUUUAGCGCACAGGUGAAAACCAGCAAUGUUUAUAUAAAUAUUUAAAGUAAAUAAAUGUUGUCAGUGUUUUUAGAGUAUCUUAGACUACAGUCCCCUUGGUUCCUCUCAGCCAUUUUUUAGCUGGUGUUUUUGUUUGAAGUUUUGCCGCCUGUGCUUUAUGUGUGCCCUUGCUUGGAGUUUCCCACGUGCUACAACAGCAGGACUUUGCCUUUGGAGGGUGAACUGGAAGUCAGUGGUAAAAUAGCAGCUUUCACUGAAAGCACUAUUUAACAGCAAGGGAAAGACCAAUAUAGUGCUUAAUAGUUUUACUACUCCAGAUCACCUGGGUAAGGAUUUGGUGUUUUGGACACUCAGCUCCAUGUAUUUCAGGGGCAGUGUUCCCUGAUGAGGCAGGCAGGAAUAAAGGAGGAAGGCUUCCUACAAAAUACUGCCACGGCAGGCUGGAGAUCACACUCUGUCUUGGAGUCAGUUGACACGUAAGGAAGUGUCCCAUCUAGAAGAGGGUGCUCAGCCCCUCUAACACCUGGCAACCCGUCCUUUAGGGGCUUCCUGAGGAGAAAGUUAUAUCCCGCUUACUGUGUUGAAUAACUCGUGAUGGAUCCAUCUUCCAUGAAGCGCAUUACCUUUUCUUUAGAACCCGUUUAUUCCUCUGGCCUUCAUGAUGUCCUGUGUUGGUGAGUUCCACAACUUAAUUAUACAUUACUGUCUAUGAGACCUUCCUUUUUUGUGUAUGUUAAAUGAAAGUAUUUUCUUGCUGCUACUCGAUCUUUAAAAGAAAACAAAUCUUUAGUGCCAGAAACAUUGUUAAUAGGAUGUUUGUCCUAUUAAGAUUGCUCCACAUGGAAAAUAUGUUUUCCUCAUUAGUCAAGUACCUUUCUUUGGCUAUUUUACAAAGGAAAAAAGUUUACAUAUGCAGAUGACUGUAAUAUUCCCAUAUAUAAUUGUGUGGGACAUGUGUUAAAUGAAAUAACACGUUUUAAGUUAGUUUUAUGUCACUGGAUUUUCCUGUCCUGUUUUACUUCAGUAUUUUGAUGCUUCCUGUUUUAUUUGUUCUGUAAUUCUGUACAUGGCGGUUUAGCACAAAACAGUGACCUGAAUCUCACAACCUCAUUGUAUGUACACAUUUUGUAGAGAAACAAGAUACCAGUCAUAUGCCCCUCCUGCCCCCACUCACUCCUGUUAGGGCUGAAUGGCAGAACUAUUCUAUGCUAUUGAAAGCCUUUAAAAAAAAAUAAAUCUAUGCAUGCUAUUUUAUAUUCUAAUGUAUUAUUCAUAUCAGUACAUAAGCUUAUGCUUGUCAGUUUUAUCUUGUGUAUAGAACUGAUUACUUUUGACAGUAUUUUUGCACUGUUUCUUUUCUUUCUCUUUUUAUAAAGUCCUGUUCAGCAUUAAUUGACUGCAAUAAUUUUUUUACCCCUUUCACUGCCUUUGUGUAAAUAGUUUCUUACGUGCUUUUGCAAAUAUGAGAAUGUCUUCAGUCACUAAGGUUUUUUUUUUGGUAAGGCUGUCCUUCAUAUUCACAGUAUACAAUAAACCAUUUUUUUUU